CGAGUUCAGCUUGUUUGCCGUUUACAUAGUGUAGCGUGCGUCGUACUCAGGCGCGCUGUCAGUGGAAGCAAGCAAGUAGUGGAAGCAGGUUGUUGUUUCUGUGUUAGCAGUCGCUCUAUAACAAUAACAACAAUAACAUACCACAACACCAUUAAUAAUAAUACUAACAUCAUUAUUAUUAACACAAGAAGCAGUGAGGAAGAACUACAUACGUUUGGAAAUCAGUUAUUCCUAAAAUAAGACCAAAUAAUCAUUAGCGUCAGUCAACAGAUCUCGUACCCAUUUUCUCUUUCACUAUUCGGAGUGUAUAUAAAUAGAAAUAUAUAUAUUAUAUAUAUAGUGGAGUAUAUAAUAUAUAAUAUAUAUAUCGAUAUAUAAAUAAUUAUAUUUACGAUGGCGAUGACAGGUGAAAAACGAAAUGUCAUUUUAGCAAUGGAUGGAAGCGAACAUUCCAAUUUUGCUUUAGAAUUUUAUAAGCGGAACAUUUACCAUCCACGUGACAAAGUUAUAGCUGUUCAUGUACCAGAGUACCAUAAACUUCAAAAUUCUCCAUCCGUAAUUACCGCAGACGCCGACAAUCUGAGUGAAGUGUUCAAAGAAGAAUCAGGCCGAAUCCAAAAGAAUGUGGAUACCAUUAAAAAAAGGCUUGAUGAUGCUGGGUUGCCAGACGCCGAAGUGAAGAUCAUUGCUGGUAAACCAGGCGAAGCAAUCGUCCACGCUUCACAAGAAGAACAGGCGCAUCUGAUUGUGACGGGUACACGAGGCCUGGGUACCAUUCGACGUACCCUUGUUGGCAGUGUUAGUGAUUAUGUGUUACACCAUGCAAACGUUCCCGUCUUGAUCUGUCGACAUAAAUCCCAUUAACAACACCAACAACAAGAACAACAAUAAUGAUAAUAAUAACCACAACAAUGACAACAACAAUAACAAUCUUAGUGAACAAGGGUGGGUCAAACAUCAAAUUUGAACCCGCACCCACCUAAUGUACAAUUGUAGCUAUAAAACAGAGACAAUAGUGAAACAAAAAAGAAAAAUAUUUUGGCCGUUCUUAAUUGAGGCUUCCUGUUACUUUAUCAAAAUUGGUUAUUUGUUUUUUGUUGUUGAUUUUGUAUUUGUUUUUUAAUUGUAACAGCGACUAUAUUAUUCAUUAUUUAAUAUAUACAACACAAAGGAAACAA